GUUAGCCCUGUCACAUCCGGAGAGCUUGCAUUAAACAAUUUACAGGAAGUUUAUUUUGUUGGGAAACAGACUUUUAGACAGGCAGACAACAAGAGAGACAGGAAAAGAGACACAGAGAGAGAGAGAGAGAGAGACAGAGACUGAGAAACAGAGACCGAGAGAGACAGGAAGACAGAGAAAGAGACACACAGUGACAGAGAGAGAGACAGAGACAUACAGAGAGACAGAGAGACACACAGAGACAGAGAGACACACAGAGACAGAGACUGAGAGAGAGAAACAGAGACCGAGAGAGACAGGAAGACAGAGAGACACACAGAGACAGAGAGAGAGACAGAGAGACAGAGACAUACAGAGAGACUGAGAGAGAGAAACAGAGUCCGAGAGAGACAGGAAGACAGAGACACAGAGACAGAGAGACAGAGAGAGACAGAGACUGAGACAGAGAAACAGAGACUAAGAGAGAGAAACAGAGGCCGAGAGAGACAGGAAGACAGAGAUACACACAGAGACAGAGAGAGAGAGAGACUGAGAGAGAGACACACACAGAGACAGAGAGACACACAGAGACAGAGAGAGAGACAGAGAGACACACAGAGAUAGAGACUGAGAGAGAGAGACACACACAGAGACAGAGAGACAGAGACAGAGAGACAGAGACUGCGAGAGAGAAAAAGAGACCGAGAGAGACAGACAGAGAGUAAACUAAUCAAGAGAGUGACAGACAGACGCACACAGGAAGAGAGAGACAGGGCAAGAGACAGAGAGGAUGAGAUAGACAGGAAAAAGAGAGAUAAUCAGUGAGAUAAAGUGACAGAUUCACAGCUAGAGACAGUAAGAGACAGAAAAUGACAAAGAUACAUUAGUUAUAUCAGAGACAGUCUCCCCAAUAUCCCAGAAGGAACAUGAGACUGCAAGGUCCUAUGAGGGGCUGAAAUAUGACUGCACUAUUUGUAAUGUUCUUGGUCAGCUUGGCAGUUGCCAGCAGUUCUCAGCCCUUCAGUAACCUGUUACCAGCUGCUCUGUUACUGAGAGGUGAAGAUAUCAGUUUUAGUGAGACUUCACAUAGAGACAAACAACCUGAAGACGGAAGUUUAGCAACCUGUGCUGGAGAUGAAUAUAACCAUCCAAAACUUGGUCACUGCUGCAAGAAGUGUCUAAGAGGUUUCAAAAAGUCUUCAGACUGUGCUGGGCCUGAGCUUCAAACAAGAUGUGUACCUUGUACUCCAGACACAUUCACUGCAAUUCCAAACUCUGCAAAAAACUGCAGGGCCUGCUCCCGAUGCAAAGAGCCUCUUGGACAGGUGGUCAUCUCAAAAUGCACUGCGGACAAAGAUACUGUGUGUGGGUGUCCUUUGGGCCAGUACCAGGUUCAUGCAGGUUUGAGCUUCUCAUGUACACCCUGCAGUGGUUGCCAGAAUGGAACUGAACUUAUACCAUGUAAGUACAAAUAAUCAUAUUCAUUAAACAGGAGUGUG